CGUGGAUCCCCAUAAGAAUAAGAUAUUAUUUUGUUGCACAAGGAAUUGCUGAGCUGCCUCCCUUCCCUUUCACUGUAGGUACGUACGUGCACCCAUUUGUUUAACGAGCUGGGUGAGCAUCGCUACAGUGAACCUGCCAUCCCCAUACGCCAAUUCCUCAUUUCGAAUUAUCAUUUUUAUUCACCAUUCUCGAUUCGCUCACUCUCACAAGAAACUAAAUUCAAUUUUGGAUAUAAUUUCAGAGAUUUAUGCUUCACGCUGCAUUGGAGACUCAUUCUUCAUGUAUUUGUGGUGGGAAGUUUCGUUCAUUUACAAUCCUCAAGUUUGAAUGACAGUAGGUGAAGACUUGUAAUUUCUUCACUUUCUUAGUGCUCCAAUGGGGGGUUCUUUGUGGCUCUUGGGUGGGUUUCCACUGAACACUUAUCAAGUAUCAGACAGGUUCUCUUUUUGCUCUAGUCAGAAGAGGUUAGAGUCGGUAUCCUGUUCUCAGAUAAAUUUGAGACGAAGUUUCACUGAUAAACAUCACUUGAAGGCGUCGCACUUCUCUGGCCAGUCUGUCUGCUUUCAUAGGCUGAAAACAGUUUCUUGUCUAAGCUCAGAAGAUGCAAAUCCUAUUAGUCAGGAACCCGCACAUUCUCAAAGAGGUGAAAGUUUUGAGCAAUGGGAUUCAAUGACAGCAAAGUUUGCUGGAGCUGCAAAUGUACCAUUUCUGUUGUUGCAGCUGCCUCAGAUCAUAUUGAAUACUCGGAAUCUUCUGGCUGGGAACAAAUCUGCACUUCUAGCUGUUCCUUGGCUGGGUAUGCUCACUGGAUUGCUAGGGAAUCUUUCUUUGUCAUUGUACUUUCUCAAAAAGAUGGAGAUAGAGGCCAUGGUGGUGCAGACUGUAGGAGUCAUAUCUACAUAUAUUGUUUUGCUGCAGCUGGCGAUGGGUGAAGCUAUGCCCCUCCCUCAGUUUAUUGUUGUUUCUAUAGUGGUUGCCUUCGGGCUCAUUCUAAAUUUUAUGAAAUAUUUUCGUUUGCUUAAUGAGGAGAUUUGGCACAUUUGGGAAGAUGUUAUUACAGUAGUCGGACUCUCCACACUUCCUCAAGUCAUGUGGUCGACCUUCCUCCCCUUCGUCCCGAACACUAUCUUACCCGGGACAAUUUCCUUUGCUACUGCUCUUCUUGCUGUUGUUAUGGCUCGCAUGGGCAAGCUCUCCGAAAAAGCUGUAAAAUUUCUUGGAAUGGUAUCGGGAUGGACUGCAACUCUUCUUUUCAUGUGGAUGGCUGUUGCUCAAAUGUGGACAAAUCUUCUGAAUCCUGACAACGUAAAAGGUUUAUCAGCUGUCUCGAUGUUACUUGCCAUGACUGGAAACGGACUCUUUAUCCCUCGUUCUCUGUUCAUUCGCGAUUUUAUGUGGUUCACUGGAUCAAGCUGGGGAUCCAUCUUCUAUGGAUGGGGGAAUCUUGUAUGCUUGUACUGUUUCAACUGUAUCACAAAAGAGUUCUUCUGGGCUUCAACCCUCGGCUUUCUCGCAUGGAUAGGACUGGCGUUUUGGAAAGAUAAGCAAGCUCAUGGACUCAGUUCCCCGGUUGCUUCAUUGAAGGAGCUUGUUUUCGGUCCUUGACUGCCCUGCUUCAUGAGUUGCAUUAAUGGUAGCUGUAUCUCGGUGGAGCUGCUGCACACGGAUAGCACUGAACAGAUUUUCUACCUUGCGAAGCUACAAAUUGUGCCGAGGCUGAAGAUUCAAGACAGUGAUGAGGUACUUUCAGAGCAA